AUGGCUGGACCUGCCGACAACAACGCUCUACCCACCCGCCCGCAUCUCCAACUCUUCAACCCCGACCCAAGUAAGGCCUGCUUCCACUUCUUCCCUCAACUACCGGCGGAGCUCCGUCAUCUCAUAUGGAACCACGCCCUACGACGGAGGCGUCUCAUCCAUGUGAGCCUCGAAGAAGUCGACGGCGAUGGGGGCGACGAUGAUGACCGCCCGAGAUACGCCAUCUCCAACGCCCUGGGCCGCCCCAUCACGGGAAACCACUACCGCGUCGUCGUAAAGACCCGUGGCCCGCUCCUCCCGGAGAUUGUGAGGGUGAACCGCGAAUCGAGGGCGGCGACGAUGGCUUUCUAUGCCGUCAAACUCCCCUGCUACCUCGACUCCACGGACAGCCAGAAAACGAACAUCUCCUUGAACCUAGCAUGGGACUACAUCAGAAUCCUGGCGGGGCCCCCAUGGAAACUCUCCUUUAUCGACUUCAUCCACGACCUGCGCGCCUACGACCCCGAAGGCGUUGGGGUCCGACACCUCGUCAUAGAUGAGAGCGACGCCUUUGAAGAUGAGGAGAUGUUCCCUGGACGAGAAGACGACCCCGCCUCCUUCGACGCGGCCGAAAUUGACGCCACCAGCCUAGACGCCUUCCGCGCCACCGUCAGUAACCUGGAGAGCAUCUGGUUCAUGCGCGUCCGACCCGGUGGGCGGGCGCUCAACGUGGUGACCCAUACGCGCAUCCAGGCCUUCAACUACGGGUUCCCCGUCCUUCCGGCCUUCACCUUCUUCGACGCUCCGGCGCGGGACCCGCGGGACGUUUCGCGGGACUUGAAGAAGGUGUGGGGCGGGGUGUAUGACCCGCGCCUGGAGGUCGUCUUUUGGCGGCGGCUGCUGCGGAAGCUCGGGGUCGACCCGGCGAGUCUCGAUGCAUCUACAGACGUCCGGAUCAUGGUCGGUUCCGAUCUGGGGGCCGUCGUCCGCAGCCGGGCCGACGCGAGCAGGCGUCUUCAUGAGGAGGACUUUCAGUGGUUGAAGUCGCGGGGGCAGAAUCUCGGCUGGGAGAGCGGAGGCAGGGAGAAUAGGCCUGCGGGGUGCUUUCAGACGAAGACUAAACCGCGGUGGAAAUUGCCUGGCUUCGACGGGCCGGAGGUGCUUGCUGCGGCACCAAGGCCGGCGUUGGGUUUCUGGCUGUUUCCGGUGGAGGCGUUUGGUGAGAUGGGAAGCGAUGAGACGCCGGAUACGUGGCUCAAGUUUAAAGGCGUCUAUGACAUGAGCCGUCAGUGGCCUAAUCUUGCACUGGCGCAUGUAAGUUGA